GACAGUUUGCUUUGUAGUGAGUAGUGAGGCCGAAGAGAUGAAGCCCAAGCUUCUUCACCGAGGAUGGGCUUGGACUCCGCUUCCCUCCGCCGCCGUUGUCUGAUUGACAAUAGGAAUUAAGAAAGAUGAAGUACGACGCCGACGCCUCGCUGCUACUUUACAUUAAUCAAGUCUGGUGUGGAAGAAAGUUGUGGUGAGAAUCUCCGGAGAGAGAAAUGGAUGAUAAUAUUGAUGAGAUGGAUUCUCUGUUCGAGGGAAUGGUGUUAUUUACACCAUCUCAGUUGGUAGACCAAGAUCUUCAUCCUCCUCCUUCCGAAUCUGGCGAUGCUCCGGCUCCGGCGGAGGUCCCUCCGCCGUCAUCAAUAUCAUCACCACAACCUCUUGAUGAGAACUUGUUCUCUGAUCUAACCCUCAUCGCUCCUCUCCAAACCCUAGAUGAUCAACCAGGUCCUUCCUCUGCUUCCGUCUCUCGUCAGAUUUCCAAAAAGAAAAGAAAAACUACCGGAUUUAGGAUUGGAUACGGAAGAGAUACUCCCUUUGACGAUCACGAUGAUGACGAUUCUGGAAAUUCCCAUCCUUCCGCACCCUUUGACCAUACACCCUCUCCCGAUCCACACGAGCGACACCAAUCCGAUGCAGAAUCGAUCGGUGCAGAGUCAAAACUUGAGCUUCUUAAGGUCAAGAUUUCUGAUAAGCUUAACCAUGCUCGUGAACUUGCCGCAUCCGUAUCUGCAGCCCGCAAGGAAUCGAUCAGGAGGAGAAGGGAGGUGGCCAAUCGUUUCAACUUAGCAACCAUCAGGUAUAGCGACCUUGAAAAACAAUUGGAGGAUGCCUGUGAAGCUGAAAAUUUUGAGGCUGCUGAUAGGAUCAGCCAGAGCCUUGUUGCUGCUGAAAAAGACAAGCAAGCUUUGCUUACUGCUCUCAGGGACGCUGAGUCCCAAUGUGAUGAUAUCGAUUCCAAAAUGCAGGAGGUUCUUCUUUCCCAGAUUGCUGCCGAGGAGGAAUGCGCCUCUAUGCUCCUUUGUUUCUCUGAGGAUGCAGUAAAUAAUGCAGAUUUGGUAUUGAAGAAAGCAGAAGCUCAAUCUGCAGAAGAAAGAGAGACAUGGUUUUCAUCAACUGAAACAUUGGAGUUCAAGAAGAUAGAACUAGAAAUUAAAAUGCAUUUAGUAGAUGAUGCUCGAGAUGUACUAAAUGGUUCUCUUGAUAACUUGAUUGAAGAGGAUAAGAAAGAGGAAGAGUUACUCUCUAAGAAAAGGGAUAUCUUAACAGAUGAGCUGCAAAAGCUACUUGCUUUAGUUAAAGAGAAGGAGAAAGAAAUUGCUGACUAUGAUUCUAAAAUUAAAGACGUCAAGGAAAGGAUUGGUGAUGUGGUCUCUAAUUUUGAGGAGAUGCAGUCAAGCAUCAAUGCAAAGCAUGUUGACUUGCAAACUGGUAUUUCUCAGGUGGACAUGGAGAGGGAAGUUCUGUCAAAGAAAAAGAAAGAAAUUGACAAGCUUCUUGCUGAAGAAGAAGACUCUGGAGCAAAGCUUAGGAAACUUGCCAGCAUUUGUGCAGAUGAGGCAAAAAGUUACCAGGAAGGGGUUGGGCUGAGAAAUAGUCUGAUGUCUUCAAUUUUGAAGUCUAGGGAAGAGAAAGUGAGGCUUGCAAAGAGUGAGGAGAAAUUGUCUGAGGACGUUCGAGUGCUCAAACAGGAGGUGUCUGCUGAGAGAGCUUCCCUACAGGAACUAUCUUCAACAAAAUCAACCGUCCAACAAAAUAUAGCAUCUUUGAAACAGAAGAUAUUUUUCAUAGAAAAAAGAGUCCCAGAACUGGAAGCAGAAAAGAAAGUUGCUGCUGCAGCAAGAAAUUUCAAGGAAGCAGCACGAAUUGCUGCCGAAGCAAAGUCCUUGACUGUUGAAAAGGAUGGCCUACAGAUUGAAAUGGAAAAGGCCAUUGUAGAGCUUGGGAAAGUGGAAGAAGAGAUUAACUGCACUAUUGAGAAGUUGAAAGAGAUUGAGGGGCUGAUUUCAUCCAAAGAAAAUGAAGUGGCACUGGCUAGAUUCCAGAGGUUACUUCAUGUUGCUGGUGCUGCUAAAGCAGAAAGAUCAGCUGCUUUGGAGUUGGGUGACCAGGAGGAAGCCAACCUUCUACUUGCAGAAGCUGAAGCAGCAGAUUCUGAGGCAAAAGAGCUCCAAUCAACAUAUAAUUUUAAGGAGGGAGAGUUGGCAAAUUUACCAAAACAUUUUAUCUCCAUGGAACUUGUUGCAAACCUUGGCCAGAAGAAAUUGGCAGAAUUAGCAGCAUCUAUUCUUUCUGCAACCAAAUGAUCAAAAUAUAUUUUCUGAUAACUAUGGGAAGUUAAACAAACUUCAUAGUUGUGUUCUAUGAGUCAGUUUUCCUCUUCUGCGGUUCUCCUACAUCGUCUUUGACACCUCACUGCCUUGAAAGUGACAUCUAUGUUUGGUAACAUUAUAUUGUUGCAGGUUUGAGAUUCGAAUCCUCUUUAAUUUUUUUUUUUUCCUGGCACUUGUUUCUUUUGUUUUUCUCCAUCUGGUCCGCAAAGCUUUAAACACAAGGAUAGCAGAAAGAAAUUGUGAAAAGAGGUGUAAAGAAGCGGCAUGUAAUCUGUAUGUAUUCUAGACACACACACAAAGCAUACGCAACUGUAGACAGUCUUAUAUGUGUGCAAAGCCAACUUUUAUUAGUAAAUCAAACAGAGAAACAGGA